CCCCCGCGCUCCGCAGCCGCAGUUCCGGCGGCGGGAGGAAGCGCGGGGCCGCUCCGCUCCGCUCCGCUCGCCGGGGGAUGCGGGAGCAUUCCCGCCCCCGCGGCCGGCGGGAGGCGGGCGGCGGUGGCGGCGGCGCGGCCGGGGCGGACGCGUCGCCCCGCAGCGAGCGGCGGGGGGACCCAGCGGCGGGCGGCGGGCACAGGCCGGCGAUGGAGGAAGGGGCAGCAGACCUGCGAGAGAGAAAGAAACAAAACAGCACAGAAUCUGACAAAAUGGUUCCAGAGGAGAGAAACAAAGAAAAUUCAAAGCUGGGAAGGUCGCCAAAAUAUAUGUUAAUCCAGCGUUUUGCAAAGCUUUUCUUUGGCUGUCUCGCAGCAGUCACCAGUGGGAUGAUGUAUGCUGUGUACCUCUCCACAUAUCAUGAACGGAAAUUCUGGUUUUCCAGCAGGCAGGAACUUGAACGAGAAAUUACAUUUCAGGGUGACAGUGCCAUUUAUUACUCAUUCUAUAAAGAACUGCUAAAGGCUCCUUCCUUUGAAAGAGGUGUUUAUGAGUUGACACACAACAAUAAGACAGUAUCACUGAAGACCAUAAAUGCUGUUCAGCAAAUGACUUUGUACCCAGAGUUGAUUGCCAGUGUUUUAUAUCAAGCAUCUGGUAGCGAAGAAGUUAUUGAACCAGUGUAUUUCUACAUUGGUAUAGUUUUUGGACUGCAGGGAAUUUAUGUGACUGCAUUGUUUGUAACCAGUUGGGUUAUGAGUGGGACUUGGCUGGCAGGAAUGCUGACUGUAGCAUGGUUCAUUAUUAACAGGACAGAUACAACAAGAAUUGAUUACUCUAUACCAUCAAGAGAAAAUUGGGCUUUGCCGUAUUUUGCAUGUCAAGUAGCAGCUCUCACAGGCUAUUUAAAAAAGAACCUAAACUGUUCUGCUGAGAAGUUUUGUUACCUUUUGGUGAAUGCCUCAACAUAUACCUUCAUGAUGAUGUGGGAAUACAGUCAUUAUCUCCUGUUUGUCCAGGCUAUUUCUCUUUUCCUGCUGGACAGCUUUGCCCUAGCACAGACAGAGAAGGUGCAUGAGGUAUACAGAAUCUACCUGUUUUCUCUCAUUGGGGGCUACCUUCUGCAAUUUGAAAAUUCAGCCUUACUAGUGUCACCAUUACUGAGUCUUGUGGUAGCUUUAAUGUUCUCCAAAUCCCUUCAGAUGAAUAUGAAAAAAAGUACCUUUGUGUCAAGAUUGUUGAAAAUAAUGUAUAUUUAUUUGGUACUUACGGUAGCAGUGACACUAAACUUCUUAUUAAAGAUGUUCAUUCCUCAUAAAGAAAAUGAGCAUUUGCUGAAGUUCAUUGAAGUAAAACUUGGCUUAAACACAACUAAGAAUUUUACAAUGAAUUGGCUCCUUUGUCAAGAAUCUCUUCAGGCACCCUCCCAAGACUUUUUUUUGCGACUAACACAGUCAUCACUGUUGCCUUUUUAUAUUUUAGUAUUAAUUAUCUGCCUUUUUUCAGUAACUCAGGUCAUUUUUAGGAGAAUUUGUGGUGAACCACUGAAAGAGACAGUUAAACUUGAGGAUGGUCGAAUUGGAGAGAGGCCAGAAAUAGUUUAUCAUGUAAUUCACACAAUUUUGCUUGGUUGUCUAGCAAUGUGUUUGGAAGGAAUGAAAUAUCUAUGGACACCUUAUGUUUGCAUGCUUGCUGCAUUUGGUGUGUGCUCUCCUGAACUUUGGAUGACGCUUUUCAAGUGGCUUCGACUGAAAGCUGUGCACCCAAUACUGCUGGCUCUUAUUCUGAGUAUGGCAGUUCCCACUAUAAUUGGAUUCAGCUUGUGGAAAGAGUUUUUCCCUAGAAUAAUGACAGAGCUUACAGAACUGCAAGAAUUCUAUGAUCCUGAUACAGUAGAACUUAUGACAUGGAUAAAACGACAGGCUCCUGUGGCUGCAGUGUUUGCAGGCAGCCCACAGCUCAUGGGUGUGAUUAAGCUCUGUACAGGAUGGAUGGUGUCGAGCUUGCCUUUGUAUAAUGAUGAUGAUCUUCUGAAAAGAAAUGAGAAUAUUUAUCAAAUCUAUUCAAAGAGGUCAGCUGAGGAUAUUUACAAGAUACUCACAUCUUACAAAGCCAACUUUCUGGUAAUUGAAGAUUCAAUUUGCAAUGAAGUGGGACCUGUAAGAGGAUGUAGAGUUAAAGAUCUGUUGGAUAUUGCUAAUGGUCAUGUGGUUUGUGAGGAAGGUGACAACUAUGCCUACUCAAAAUAUGGACGAUUUUGUCAUGAAAUCAAAAUGAACUAUUCUCCAUAUGUGAAUUAUUUCACUCGAGUAUACUGGAAUAGAUCCUACUUUGUAUAUAGAAUCAACACUGUGAUAUCCUUCCAGUCAUGAAAAAGCAUGCAAGCUUCUUUCUGAGGAUUGAUUGUGAAUGAAUUUCAGUUGGAAAAGUUCCUUUUGAGCAAGGAAGUUUAUUUUUGCAGAUAGAUGUGCACACAUGCAGUGUACUGACAGUUUUAUUCUACCAAACUGAAAUUCUUUGAUCUACAGAUCAGCAGACACAUACACCAUCCUUGAAGGAAACGGGAACAUUUAUCAGUUUUACAGGCUCUAUAAUGUGUUACAGUCUUCCAUGUUUUUACAUUUUUCUUCCCAUUAUAAAUCAUCUUAAUCUUCAUGUAAAUGAAAUUUCUAACUUUUGUGUUAGAGAGUUGGUAUGCGUAGACUUCAGUAAAUACAGCAAAAUUAUUUUAAGAGCUCAUUUAAGUCAUAUAGCUUUUAAUUUUUAGCAGGAAAGCAAUCACUAUCCCAAGUCUUUUCAAGUAAGUGUUUGGAUUUUUGGUCUGGGGUUUCUAUUUGUUUUGUUUUAAUUCUUCCCGUCUUCCAUGGUAAACAUUCCUGUGUUUAUCAAAUACACAUUUAUACAUCUUCCAUGUAGUUAUAUAGUUUGUAUAAAUCAAAUAAGGAAGAUUUUACUUAAACAACACUUCCACAGAUUAAGGCACUGAUCUCUACAGUGUUGUCUCUGUUGUCUACAGAGACAUGUUGGUGGAAAUGCUAGGAAUUGACCUAACAAUAGGAGCUGACAAGCUGAGCUCUUCAGUUUGGAAAGAACUUGUUUUCAACAUUUUUCCACACUUAAGUGUGUAUGUAUGUAUGCAUCAGUGUGUCUUUCUUAGCAGCUACCAGAAUGGGCCAGUAUACCACAGUAUGCCAUACUUGUUUUCAGGCAGGUGUAGCAGGACAACCAGGUUUGCUACUGAGACUUCUGCACUUCAGUUUCACCCUGUCUGUGUGCUGGGGUGUGUGUGUGUGUGUGUGUGUGUGUGUGUGUGUGUGUGUGUGUGUGUGUGUGUAGGGAUGAGUGAUACUCAUUUCAUUCAACUUAUUAUGCAAUAGGUAUAUUAAGAUAGUGCCAUAACUGUCAUUUAAAACACUAUAAUCACCACCAUUAAUAAAUAAUGGUACAGAUGUUUAUAGCUAUUUUUAUAUCAAUUAUGCAAAUACACAGAUUCUUGAAAAUUUGGGAAAGUACUCUGCAGUUUUGCUUCCCUCUAAAAUUUGUCUUUGUUACAUGACCCUCUUUGCCUCUACAACUCCUUUUCUUAACAAAUUAUCUGUUCAUUCUGUUUGUUGCUGGCUGAUAGACUUUCAAGAAAAUGAAUGAUGUUUUAGUUACAACUCUGGGCUUAAACCUAGUGAUGAGAGUGGAAACUCCAAUAAAAGGUAACAGUAGCAUUGCUUAAUGUAGGUGUAACUGGACAAAAAGCCAGCGCUAAGUUUUGGAAGAAGUUGCUCACCCCUUAGGAGUUACCUGCAGUUACAAACUAAUGUAACACUUGGCCCAGAGAUCAGUCUAUCAGGCAUGUGGGAAGGAUCCUUUCGAGCACAGAUGUCUUUAAUGAAGGAUAUGGCAAAAUAGGAUGAACCCUUAGCUGAAAAUUCUGCAAACCAUUCUGCAAGUGGAAGCUGCGAAACAAUCCUUAUGGCCAAUUGGAGAUUUUAACUCUGAAAUUAUUAGGAACUGCAGCAUGUUGUUGUAUGUGCAUGAUUCUUCUCUGCUUAUGCAGAUACACUUGCUUACUUUACACUGACACAUAGUUCUGAGAUUUUUUUAAACUGUUACCACUUUUGGAGUGAUUUAAAGGAAAAAAGCUUUAUUGUUGUAAAAGCCAACAUGUCUGUAAUUUGGUUUUUACUUUCGGUUAUAUUUUUAGGCCUACAAGUCUUGACAAAAAUUAUGCAUUUUGUUUGAAACCGAUGUUCAGAUUAAUCCAUUGAAUUAUGGGAUGCUGUCACUGAGAAACAUCCAUAUAACUGAGUUACAAGUUACAAGUAAAUAUCCUUUCUGGGCAUACAGGCAUUGUGUUUGGGAUAGUGUGGGCCUGUGUGUCUGCUGGAGUGCAGGCUGCAUUUAUUUGCUUAUGCACAAGUGCAUAUUUUACUGCACUGGGCUGUUUCAGACUGCUCAAUUACCAUAUACCAACAGAAGUUUGUGUAUUAACUUGAGCUAUGGCAGGCCUGCAGGAACUCCCUCUGUAUGUGUGGGUAUAGAUGUAGUAUUUGGAAGUAAGUUUAGAGUUCCUUUUUCAACUUAAGUUUGUUUGAGUCACUGUCAAGGAAUUACAUGUCUGUGUGUCGGUCAUUUAAUCUCUUGAAGUUAGUAAUUCAUGAAUAUCACUUCAUAUCAGCAAUAAGGCAUCCCAGGUGCAAACUUCAGGGUUACAACUGUACUUGGGUAGAUGAGGUCGCAGAGCUUACGGCUUCAUGCCUUAGACUGCCAUGCCAAGAUGCAACAUUCAACUGUCCUUGACUGCCUGUUGAGUUUUACUGUAAUGUUGUGCGUGUUACCACAUAGAAUAUAGUUUGAACACCUACAUGUAGAGCACACAUAUUAAGAAAACCACAAAUGAGGCUACCCAUACAUCUAAACAAAACUGUCUUGUAGCACAUUGGCCUUUAUACAUGUUUAAAUGAACGAGUUGAACUUUAUUUGAACUGUGACUUAGUUAUUGCUAUUAGUUUUGUCAUAGUUUUUAAGAUGUAUUCUUGAUACUUCAAUUGAUUCUGCUUUAGGAGAAUCAUUUAAGAUUUUUACCUUGCUUUUUAUAUUAGAGAAAAUUAUAUUGCAGCACUGUUGGCACAGCAGCCUUAAGUAACAGAAGGAGCCUUUUAUUUGGGAGAACAUUGUGGUUGUUCCUGUAAAAAGGCAUAAUUGAAAUGAGUGAAUGAAAGAGUCAUAUCUUACAAAGAAAGUGAAUUAAUUUCUUAUCCAGCUAUGGACUAGCAAAAAUGCUGUCUAAUCUCCAGCUUCUGUGAAAAAUACUAAAUUCCAGUGAUAUCCCUCAGUGGGACAACAGUAGGGCAUAAUUACGCCAGCCUUGUGCAGAAAACCCUGGCUUGGUUUUCAGCCAGAUCACAGGUUUAACUCCCUGAAAGGGUUGUGGGAAAGUUUUACAAAUUUUGAUCUGCUUUGCUGUAGAUGUUGCAAUUUGGUUGAAACAUGUGCCUUGCAAGCUCUUAUUAAACAAACAAAAACCUCAAUUCAUGUUUCUUUUUGUGAAGAUUUUUUUUUAAAUUCCUGUCCUUCUGAUUUCUAGAGUUUCUGUUGUGUCUUAAUAUGCCAGCCUCCGAGGAUGCCCAAGUGGUGCAGCUGGGAUGUGUGCCAGCCAUCUAACAGCUGUUCACUGGGAAGAAUGAGAAUUUGCAUAGCAAUUUGUGUGACUAUUCUGCUGGCUUAUUUCCUCCUUCAGUUUCACUUUCUGAUAUACUUGAUCUUAGUAAAUGCAGAAAAAUUACCUUGAAAGAAUAAAUUGUAUAGUAUUUUCAGGCACCCACCUGUUAUCCUUGAACUUGGGAAUAGAAGUUUGACCAACCCACAGCUAAACUAACAUACGCAGUUUUGUCUUAAUCUUAAAAAAAUGCUCUUUCACUUCCUGAAUUACCACAUACUUGAACUCAGAUUUGACAGGGCUUGAGACUAAGGAAAGGUAUUUUUGAGCAUAAACUUCUAUUCAUUUUAUUUAAAAAAUAAUUAAUUUUUUUCCAAAGUAAAUGGAGAUAAAAUUUAAUACAACACAAUCUUAAAUACAUUUUCCAUGGGGAUGGGGAAUAAGGAGAAGAUACACAAAUGUGGAAGAAAGAUGGCCAAAAGGUUUCACAGGCAUUGAAAAUUCUUCCAGCUAUUUGCUCUGGUGGCAUAACUAUUUACUGAAAGGUAGAGGCUAGGGACCAGUUCUUGUUCUUAUCACCUUAUUUUCACUAAGUCAUCUUCAAGUGUCCAGACCUUGUGACAUACCAUCAGCUUUUCCAUGCAAUUCACGAGAAAAGGAGCUGCAACAUCUGGUUGUAGGGAUUGUAAGGUAACCCUGCAAUCCUUACUUAAAACUUCAUAUAACCUGUCCUUUAACCAAAACUCCAACAGAAGAAAGUGUAGGCUGUGCUUGUGGGUGUGUGGGCAUGUGCACACAUGAUGUGUUUGCAUUUACAGGUGUCUGUUUUACUAUUGUGUUUUGGAGAUGGAAUGAGGAACUUCUCUUAGCAGUAAUGGUGAUUGAAUCUGUAAGGCUGGUAAAUAUUGAUGGGCAGGUGGACUCCGGAGUACUGUGGUAUUGGAGAUGAAAGAGAAGCGGAAUUUUAUUCCAACACAAGCAAUAUUUCAUGUGAAAUAGUACCUCAACAUAAAUCUGCAUAAUCAUGCUUUAAUACUCUUUUUAAAACCUAACUAUAGAGGGGGAGAAAGUGGAAAUUCUAAGACAUAUAUUGUGUGUUAUCUUAAUAAUCUUUUCUACUUCAUCAGUACAGCUGAAAAAGCAAUCGCCAUUAUGUUGCUGCACUCUAACUAUGCCAAAUGCAGAGCUAGUGAUGCCUAAAGGUCUUCUGAAUUGUUUUGUACCUCAAUGUGUUUACAUGUAAUUAAUCUGGCAAUGGUUUUGGUUUCAGCACAGUUAAAUGUAUUUCUGCCUUUCAAGUGAUGUUUAAGGUUACCUAUUUAUUUGAUGGGACAGAAGGUUUAAUGCCUUUCAAAGUUUCAAACUUGUUUACUUCAAUAAUGCAGAAGAAUUAUUGGUGGUGCUUUACUUGUUAACAGUGACAUUUAGCAGUAGUGUGUAUGGCACAUGGACUUAUCCGUGUGCAGCUAUUUAAUAACAAGUCUAAGGAAUACAAUUCCUUUUACCCUGUUUGUUGUCUUGGACAGUUUUUUAUGAAAAUAAUGUAUACAUAGUAAAUAUUUUUCUCUUGUAAUUUUUUUUCUUUCUGUGGAAAAAAAAUUAAUAAAAGCCAAGUCCAGAAAGUAUGAAUUGUUUGGGACACAAACCAUUUUAUCCUUUGAGAAGACAAGGGAAGACUGUGCUGCAUAGCUCAAAUAUCUGUCUUGAUGGGCAGCAUAAACAGUCUCGCAGCUCUUGAGGACAAGCAGCCUGCUCAGACUGGAUCCAUAUGUCAUGCUGACUGUGACUGCCUGUUGAGACAUACUUGUGUGAGGAUGAACAGCAAAAUGUGAGCUGCUUCAUAUGGAAUUACUGAACUCUGUGACUUUCUCCCUAAAGAUCCUCCUACAGCAAGCAUGUCACCUGGAAAUAAAGUGCUAUGCAACAU